CACGGUCCCAUCAUCUCAGCCUUUUGUCAUAUUCUGCAUCCAUCAUCUUCAUUUACCCCACCUCUUUAGAAUGGCGCGCACAGGAUCAAGACGUCAAAUAGACCAGCUUGAUUCCGAUAACGAAUUGGCACGUCCUCACCAGAGUUCGCAGUUUAAACGUGCCAAAACGGAACCUGGCACGGGUGAUAUCUCCUCAUCAGAUUUCAACUCUGACAAUGAUGAUGCGGGUAUGGAUAUGGAUGAUUCAAGUGACGAAUCGGAGUACGAAGAACCCAGCUAUGAAGAAGAAGCUUUACUCGCCGCUUAUUCGGAUCUGAGGAGAAGCCAGAAAGGUUAUGUUGGAUCUGCUUCUUCAGCUGGUAUUAUCAAGUCCAUAUCCCUCAUUGAUUUCAUGUGUCACCGACACUUGACUGUUGAUUUCGGACCGAGGAUGAAUUUUGUUGUCGGCCACAACGGAAGUGGUAAAUCCGCAGUUCUGACUGCCAUUGCAGUAGCCCUUGGUGGCAAGGCCAAUCUCACCGGCCGCGGAACUGGUCUUAAAGAUCUGAUACGCACAGGUGCAGAGCGUGCUGUCAUCACCAUUACUUUGGCCAACUCUGGCGAUUCUGCUUAUCGUCCCGAAGUCUACAAUCCUAACAUUGUCAUCGAACGAACUAUACAUUCCAAUGGUUCCUCCGGAUAUAAAUUUAAGGCGUCAAAAGAUGGCAAAACAAUCGCAAACAAGAGAUCUGAGCUCACUUCUAUCUCCGACUAUUUCAACAUCAACAUCGACUCGCCUCUCACAGUCUUAACUCAAGAUCAAUCUCGAAGUUUCCUACAGAAUGCAGACCCCUCCAAACUGUACAAAUUUUUUUUGAACGGUACUCAGCUUUCGAAUCUGCUUGAAUCAUAUGAAGCGUCUUCCCAGAACAUUGAGUCACUUGUUAACUUCAUUAAGCGACAACGAGAAGCUCUUCCAGACCUGAAGGCCAAAGUUGAGAGCUACAAACGAAAGAUUCAAGCGUCCAAAAAGGUCAUGAGGCAAAAAAGAAGGAACAAACAACUCUUAAUCGAGCUAGCAUGGUCUUAUGUUAUCGAGAAAGAAAAAGCUCGAGACGAGAAAAAAUCAGACGUCCUCGAAUUACGGGAAAAGAUAGAAAAGGUCCAAGAAGAGAUCCACAAAACUGAUAAAGAGUUGCCCCAAGUAAAUGAUGCGAUCUUGGAGACAGAAAGUGAUCUCAAGAAUCUUGAUGAAUCUUCGAAACCACUUGCUUUGGCUGUCAGGCAAGCCAAAGCCAGGUCUCAAGAGGCUAGCAAAGAGCUCAGAUCAAUGCAGAGCUCCGUUGCGGAGAUUGAGGAAAAGAUUAUCUCAGAAAAAAGUACGCUUGAGCGACUCGAAAGAAAAAUUGAGGAACAACUCCGCCUCAAUGAGCCGGAACAGCAGGAGGAGCGCAGACGCCUUCUCCAACGUCGGGCUAAAGCUGAGGAUAUAUUGAGCAAACUACAGCUUGAGCGACCUGCCCGUGAAAGAGAACGUGACGACAAGUUUCAAGCUCAAAAACGAGCUAAAGAGGAACUGCAGUCGAUCAACGCCAAUUUAAGGGAUGUAAAUCAGUCAAAAGCUCAAAUGCAACGCCAGAUACAAAAUAUCAGUAGACAAGCCAAUAGUAGAAUAGCCGCUUUUGGUCUUCACAUCGAACCUCUGCUCGAGGAAAUCAACAGCACAAACUGGAAGCACUCUAAACCGAUAGGCCCCAUGGGUAUGUUUGUUCAUCUUGAAGAUAUGCGUUACGCGGAUGUUCUUCAAGUAAUGCUCGGAUCUGCACUUUGCUCGUUUGCUGUCCGGGACCAUGAAGACCGCGUCAAGCUGAGCAACAUACUGAGCAAGCAUUUCGCGCGAGGAUAUCGUCCGGGCAACUUUACCGCAAGGGAUGGAGCUCGCAUUCCUACUAUCUAUCGGCAUUCUGGCGAAUUGUUUGACUUUUCCAACGGCGACCUGAGCAGACAUGGCCCCACUAUAUUGAGCAAGUUGCGCAUCGAAAAUGAAGAAGUGCUUCGCAUUCUAAUCGAUCAUCAUAACAUCGAGAAGACUAUGCUUGCACCUACUCUUAUUGAAGGCAACAGAUUGAUGGACGAUCUCUUGAACAAAAACGUUGCUCAGUAUGUGACAGUCCACUGCGCGGAUCUAAUGACAACCUCUGGUACUAAAUCAAAUCGACACUCCGGACCUACUAACAAAUAUCGAGGCAAUCCUCUUUUUGCCCUGGAUGUGGGAAGUGAGAUUGCGAAAUGCGAAGCCCAACUUCAAGACUACGAAUCGCAAUGUCAACAACUGUGCAACUCCGCUUCUAUGACCGAAAAUCGCAUUGCUUCUCUACAGCAAGACAUGGCCAAGCUUUCUGCUGGUAUCACCGAUUUGCAGAAGAAAAUGAUCCCUUUAGAAAAAGAUCUUGAUCAGACCAAAAGAAAGCUGGCAGAUAUGGCUUCAACUGAAAUCGAUACUAGCGAAUCCAUCCGUGAC